AUGAGCUCUCCCGCUGAAAUCAUCGGGGCCGCCCCACCGCCCGAGGAUGUGACGCCAAACUUCGUCAACCCGGACUCAAUCGCGUAUCGAAUCAUCAUCGUCGCCGUAUUCUUCCCCGUCCUCACCCUCGUAUUUCUCGGUAUCCGGUUAUGGGCGGCCAGCUUUAUCCUGAAGCGCUGGCGCUUUGACGAUUUUUGGAUCAUCCUCGCAUUUAUAUUUGCUCUUGCCAACUCCAUUGUGUGUAUGAUUCAAACACGAUACGGUCUGGGAGACGAUAUCUGGAAUGUUCCCCUGGACGACUUCUCCAUGUUUAUGAAGAUCGGAAUGAUUGCGGGGCCACUCACAUAUAAUUUGGCGACGCUCUUCAUCAAAGUAUCCAUCCUAAGCUUCUACCUUCGUUUCACCAUCGAUCGAGGCUGCAAGAUUGCCGUGUACGUCGUCAUGUUUGUCGCCGUAGGCUACACGAUACCCAACGCCUUCCUUUCCCUGUACGUCUGCCGGCCGAUGCAGAAAUACUGGACCCCCAUGCUCGAGGGAACCUGCGUCAACAUCAACGCGGCUUUCCACACGGCCAACGCUCUCAACGUGGCCACCGAUUUCGCCAUCCUCUUGCUCCCGAUCUGGCUGCUCAAGCCCCUGCGCGCACCCUUUAUGAAGAAGCUUGGCAUCAUGCUUAUCCUGAUGACCGGUGGCUUCGUGUGCGGCGUGAGCACCAUGAGAAUGGUCACCGCCUUGAUCGGCAUCUUCAACGCGAAUAUCACGAGGCAUUACGUCGCAAACUUGUCAUGGUGCCUGGUGGAAAUGUACGUCGGCAUCAUCUGCGCCUGUCUGCCUUGUCUCCGUUCCUUCGUCAGGCAGUACUUCCCGAAUCUGUUCGUUUUCGACGAAGCCUUUGAGCAGCGCCUGUCUUCGUUCAGGAUCUCGAUACCGCUCACCCGCGUCCGACCCGCCGCCGAGCCUUCCUGCUCCCAGCCAGAGGGUACGGUGGUUGCGCACAGCAGCCAUCUCCACACGAAACCCAGCAAGGACUCUGAAUUCCACGGCUCUGCUUCGCAACAUUCGGAAACGACCCUGCACAGUCAAGAACCGAAGUGA